CAAAUAUAACCUCCCUUUUUUUUCCCACACACCCUUCCACGAAACAACCAAUCUUCUAGUACUUCAUCAAAACCUUCCUUAAAAAGGACAAUAAGAAUUCAGAGAAUAUCUCCAAGGCAAACCACUAUAUAAACCCUACCAUAUUCUGAUAAAUUGUUAAUUCGUAAAUAAUUUUAUUUCCAUAUUUUUCAACAUAAAAUAACUAGCUUAGUAUCUAGGAAAAAAAAAAAACAAAAAUGGAUUUGUACAGUUUACCUCACCAUCACCAGCAACAAAGGCAACAAGAAGUUAAGGGCAAAAGAAGCAAAAAACCAUCAGGGAUGGGCAAGAAGUCAUUCAAAAAAGUCGAAGCGAUGAAGGUUGUGUACAUCUCGACCCCUAUGAAAGUUACUACAAGCGCUUCUAAGUUUAGAGCGAUUGUACAAGAGCUUACCGGGCGAGAAUCCGAUGUUGUUAACAUCAUGGAGACUAGUGGUGGAAAUGAUACAUGGAUUAUUAAUGAAGAUCACAUCGUCAGUGGUUGUAAUACGCCCGAGGUAACGAAGAAUUACGCUAAUACUAAUCAAAGAUCAUUAUUAGAUAAUACUAAUCAAAGAUCAUUAGUAGAUAAUACUAAUGAAAGAUCAUUAGUAGAUAAUACUAAUGGAUCUUCCCCUUCUGUAAGUUCAUCUGAGGAGUUUGUUGAGCAGUUUGAUGGUGUUUUUGUUAAAGGGCAAGAUAGUAAUUUUGGUGUUAUUGAUCAUAGUAGUUUUUUGUAUGAUCAGUUUUUUCAUCAAUUAGAUGUUCUUGGUUAUUAUUAAUUAAUGAGUAUAGUUUUUAAGUUGGUAAUGCUACUAAGCUAGUUAGUAGUAUUAUUAUUUCAUCUGUUGCUUUGUUAAUGUAUGUAUAUUUGAUGGUUUAAUUUUUAUUUUUACAUAUAAUUAAUAUAUAUACACUUUUUCGUCAAUUAA